GAGAAAUAUCUAUGUUACGACAAAUGUAGAAAACCUACAACCUCAAGGUUGCUGUAUGACAUCCAGUCAUCUCUACAAUUGCAAUACACCCUAUACAGACUGUGCUAUACUAAAUAAAACAAACAGUGUGGAUAUCUUGUGUGCAAGCCAAAAAACGCCACUUUCUUUUGAAGACACUACAACUUUUUUAUUUUCCAACCUACAUACACCAAAGGACGAUUCUCGGUUUGGAGAACAGUCUCCUGGGCUAAUAAUUUUUUUCAUGAAAAAUAUAGAAAUAUUACCCAAAUUAAACUAUUAAUAUUCAAAAGAGGACAUUUAAAUCUACAAGAUGUAAAAAUAACAAAUUGGUCUGAAGCAUGGAUAGCGCUCAAUUUGACCGAUUCAAUAAAAUACAAGUCUCGAUUUUGGGAAAGAAGUUCAUCAGUGUACUGCGCUAAUAUUGUUUUGCGAAAAAUCUAGAUAUAUUACCCAAAUUAAAUUAUGACUAUUCAAAAGAAGACAUUCAAAUCUAUAUUAUGUAAAAAAAUCAAAUUUGUCCGAAGCAGGGAUAAUGCUCAUUUAGAUUGAUGAACUUCGUUCUCCAAACCGAGAAUCGUCCUUUUGCAGUUAUAUAGUGCCAAGGGUUCUUAGUAAUAAUAUAAUGUAACAAGUGCUCCAACUUGGAUUAUAUUUGAUCUAAAGGGGAGUUCAAAUGGUCCGCCACCCUAAUUGUAAUAUAUUUUAGUUUUAUUCGCUUUGCUGAUAUAGCAGUAUCAAUGAAAU